UCAUUUGCAAGUACAACAGUUCUCUGUGAGCCCCCAUUCAUUUCCUGAGAACUGCACUGAGCAGCUGAGAGACUGAAAGGGAGGGAGUCACACAGAGAGAGGGAGAGGACUCUAUAAGGAAAACAGUUUCUACAGCUCUGCAGCUUCUGACAAGAGCACAGACGCCAUUUAGAACACAAUGUUAAUGCUUGACGGGAUGCCGGCAGUCAGAGUCAAAGCAGAGCCUCUGGAAACCGAACAAGGGUGUCCUAAAGUACACAGCUACCCAGACAUGGAAGCAGUUCCUCUUUUGCUCAGUAAAGUGAAGCCUGAGCCUCCUGAGGACUUGUUAUCAACUGAUCAGUUUCAGACACAGACUGAGCCAGUGGACUUGUCAAUGAACAAAGUCAGGACCUCCCCCAUGGCUGUGCUGUCAUCUCAGUCAUCACCCAUUUCCUCAGCAGCGUCUGCCUUUUCCCCCUCCUCCUCCUCUUCCUCCUCGUCCUCGUCCUCGUCGUCGUCCUCAUCCUCCUCUCGACACACCUCCUCACCCACGGUCAUCACCUCAGUGUCCUCGUCCUCCUCCACCGGCAUGCCCACAGUGUUGACACCAGGCCCACUCGUGGCGUCCCCCUCAGGAGUGCGGGGCCAGCAGUUCCUGCACAUCAUCCACCCCGUGCCGCCUUCCAGUCCCAUCAACUUGCAGACCAGCAAGCUGCAGAGCCACGUGCACCGCAUCCCGGUGGUAGUCCAGUCGGUACCGCUGGUGUACACAGCGGUGCGGUCUCCAGGAAAUAUGAACUCAACUAUCAUGCUACCUCUGCUUGAGGAAGGCAGGAAUCAGGUCAAAGCACAAACAGACCCUAACGGCUUGUCUCCAAGACAAAUCAAAAGUGACAGUGAAGAUGAUGACCUGCCAAAUGUGACCUUGGACAGUGUUAAUGAAACUGGAUCCACAGCACUUUCUAUAGCAAGAGCAGUGCAGGAUUCCAUUUCACCGUUCAGUAUUGAGGGCACACGACGCCCACGCAGGUCGGAAUCCCCAGACUCCAAGAAGCGUCGCAUUCAUAGGUGUGACUUUGAGGGCUGCAAUAAGGUGUACACAAAAAGCUCCCAUUUGAAAGCACAUCGGAGGACACACACAGGUGAGAAGCCGUACAAGUGUACCUGGGAGGGCUGUACAUGGAAGUUUGCGCGGUCCGACGAGCUCACACGACAUUACCGCAAGCACACAGGGGUGAAGCCCUUCAAAUGCGCGGACUGCGACCGCAGUUUUUCGCGUUCGGACCACCUGGCCCUACACCGCCGUCGACACAUGCUGGUGUGAGCAGAAGGAGCCCCUCCACACAAACUAUGUAAGAGCUGGGUCUCUUAUAACAAAAAUUCAGCUGGGCUGAGUCCUUCCCCGUAGUUCCUGCCCCACAGUGUUGAAAAGGACAAGAGGUUGUCUAGAAGGAAACAGAUCGAGUCCCGGUACUGAGGAGGACCAGAAAAUAAUCAAUGAAAGACUACAGCCCUGGAACCACCUUCCUUUUCUGUUUGGAGUUAAAGAAACUGUUUCUUUCAAGCACUGUUCAACGCCCUCUCUUUCUGAUUUUAGUCCAAGGUAUUUUCCUUUAUUGGACAAAAAAAGUAUUAACAUUAACAUCAACAAAACUAUUCACUUUUUGUUUGUAUUCAAAAGGCUGCUUUUCCGCGUCUAUAAUGUGAAACAACCGAACCCACCACCGAACACCCUGUUGUGACUUUAAGAGAUGGGCCCUGUCCAUCUGAGCUCCUACACAAAUGGAUUCAGCUGAGAUGUCAAGCAAUGUACUCAAUGAACAGUAUUUUCUAUUGGGAUUGUAGGAUUCUCGAGCAAACGGUCAGUUCUCCAACACCCUGACUUGUUCUGGAUGUCACAGGAAGUUGGACAGCAACAUUUUCAAUGGAAAUAAGGAGAGGGACAUGAAGGCCACGAGCAACAAUGAGUAAAAAUGAGACAUGCAUGUCUCCAAGAUUUUGUUGCUGAGGGUGAGGGCAGAUAAGUCAGAGUGAAAGCUAAAUGUUAACACAGUGUUUCCACCUCCUGAUCAUUCAUUCAAGAAAAAAAUAUUUAAUUCUUUGUUUUGCUUUUAAUGUGCAUUCACAGAGCUGUAAAACUAAUUCAAUAGGAGGAAGUUGGAACGUAUGGAGCUCAAAAGCCAAAGCUACCUGAAAUUGUCCCCGCACAUGUCAAUGGAUGCUUUCCUUAAAGGGCUACUGGG